GAAGUGGAGGCUCCACGUGGCCUGUUGUUUACAUCCAGCAUGUCCCUGUGGAGGAGUCCGGUUUCACUCCUCACGCGCUGUUCACUCUUCUUAGAAAGAGUGAGCUCUGCUUCAGGAACAGCUCAACACUCAGACAGUGCUGACUCACAGGGAUUCAGGAUCGCUACCUCAGAAGAAUGUUCCACACUGGGAGCCGGUUGGCCCACUUCUACUUCUCCUCAGGGUCUGGAGACUCCAGCAGCUCCAGAAACAGCACUGAUCCCGGAGGAUCUGGGGGUCCUGGUGGGUCUGUAGGUUCUGCUGGUUCUGGCAGUCUGGGCCUGGCUGGCAGUGGAACAGAGAAACGUCAAGAGAGAAUUCCCCAGAGUUUACCAGAGUUCAUCAAACAUCUCCAGAAGGUCGCAGGUCUGAGGAAAGAGGAUGUGUUCUAUAACCUGCGAGUCCCAAACCAGUUCCAGACAGCACGGGAGGAGAUCAACCUCGUCAUCCUCACAGGUGCGGGAGUGUACUGUAUUGAUGUAAAGACAUGGACAGGUGCUGUAUCACCUCAGGGCCAAAACACCUGGCACCUCCAAGUGAAAGAGGAGGAGCCAAACUUCACAAACACCUCCAUCCAGCAGGUCCCCGACCCCCUGCAGGCAAUUACGAGGAAGACGUGUGAUCUGUGCAGCUAUAUGAAGCAGUGUGGAGUGAAAAUCAGACAGUCCCUCUUCCUACCCAGAAUCCUCUUCCUCUCUCCUCACUGUACGCUGGAUGAUGAGCUGAGGAAGAGGAAUGAGCUGGUGCCCCACAGUCAUCUGCAGGCGUUCCUUUGUUCUCUCAGGGAGGGGUACAUGGCCUGGAUCACAGACGCUCUGACUCCAUCCUGGAUCUCAGGUCACCUGUCGUUCAGGCAGCUGGGGGCAGCGCGGGCGGUUCUGGGGCACAUGGGGACGUGGGACCUGGUGCAGUUGAGCAGUGGCACUCAGCUGAAGGGGGAUUAUCAGGGCUGCCAGCACCUCGCCCUCAACCGUCAGGACACGGACCUGCUGGAGUUCAGCCGGACCACAAUCCUGCCUACUGACACACUGUGGGCUCUGCUGGGACACACACCACAGGUGACAGUGAGGAUGUAUAAGCGAGGAGCGCAGGGCUGGCUUGGAAAACCUCUGACCGGGAUGUCCACCAUCCCGUCCAACACUCACAUUGUGUUCCGCAUCAGUGGAGAAGAACGAGACGCCAAGAUACCAGCCAGCACCAUCCACACCAUCACUCUCAGUAUCUAGACAGCAUAGCAGACCUCUGUAGAAUUGUAGUGAGUGUGUGAUUCUAUGUGUGAGUUUCUAUAAGCUAACUUUAUUUAGACAGUGAGUUUCCUACUGGUCAAACAGUCUUCUUUCACUGAUUAACAGAUUCUCCAGUAAUACUACAGGGGUUGUACAAUGAAACUGAUGAAACACCUGGUUUUAGACCACAAUAAUUUAUUGUCCCGACAGACAGUUCUGGUGGAAACAGGAGAGUUGUGGUGCACACUGAAUUCUGCCUUUAUUUGAGCAGCCGUGGUUUUAUGUUUUUUUGGGAUACAAUCUGGGUUAGCACCCGAACAUCCCUUUCAGACAACUUCCUCUUACAGCGUCCACAGUUAAUCCUGUUGGAUGUGGUUCGUCCUUCUUGGUGGUAUGCUGACAUUACCCUGGAUACCGUGGCUCUUGAUACAUCACAAAGACUUGCUGUCUUGGUCACAGAUGCACCAGCAAGACGUGCACCAACAAUUUGUCCUCUUUUGAACUCUGAUAUGUCACCCAUAAUCUUGUGUGCAUUGCAAUGUUUUGAGCAGAACUGUGCUCUUACCCUGCUAAUUGAACCUUCACACACUGCUCUUACUGGUGCAAUGUGCAAUUAAUAAUUAAAUAUUGGCCACCAGGCUGCUCCAAUUUAGCCAUGAAACCUCCCACACUAAAAUGACAGGUGUUUCAGUUUCAUUGUCCAACCCUUGUAUGUUCAUUGUAACUGGGAGCUCAAAGAGUUGUUGCAUGGAAGCUCUCUCGUUCAGCGGUAUUGAACCUCGCGAGGCAGCGCGAUUAGGAGGCCCUUUGGAGUCAGCAUACGUCAUCACAUCUAGCACGUUGUGCUUGUGGGCUCUGUUUACAAAUUGAAGUUAACUAUUUACCUCAGGGUAAAUCUCAAAGCAGCAGCAGCAGCUAUUUUUCUUUUCUUUACGCUUCUGCAGCAAUGUAUCCAAUGUAUCCAUCCAAAUUUAACAGAUAAACCUAAAUAUUUAUGAUUAACCUUAAUUUAUACACGUUCCCUCACUUCAUUCUCAGAGUAAGGUCAUUUGUAUUCAUUUGGCUUUUAUUUAUUUCUGAUUAGAUACUUUGUAGAAAUGCAUGAGUAAUGUAACCACAAUAUAAUAAAUGGUUAGACAUCAAAGCUAAAUCAUCAAACUAAGCUACGUUUCACACACUAGUACAUUCAUACACAGUCAGCUAAUCUAUUAUGGCAUUUUAGUUGCAUAAAAGUGUAAUGGGAUGGAGUGCUACAGACUAGUAGCUCUCCAGCCCAGAGGGUUGUUGAACCCAAUUGCAGAACAGUCGAUCUCAAAGCAAAUAAACCCAGGAAGAAUUGAAAAAAAAAUAAUAAAUAAACACACCACUCCACACGUGGGCUCGAACCUGGAUUGUCAGGGUCUCGUCCCAAUACACUAUCGCUCCCCCGGCUAGUGAAUUGGUACGCGUCCAGGAAAAAAUGCCCUUAUAAGGAGAUUGGGAGUCUGAGAACGGAGCGGAAAAACAAGAAUGCAAAAAAAAAUGUUCACCAGAGAAGCAUUUUAUUUAUUUAUUUAUUUAUUUCAUUAUCGAUCAAUAUAGUUCAAACAACCUCACGUGCCACCUAUUGCUGACCCCUGCCCUAAGGUGACAUUAUGUAAAAAAAAAAAAGUAAUGCGUGGUCAUGCCUUAUUACGGUGUGGGAAUGAUAUCCUAAGGCAUGGGAAUGAGAUAAUUAAGACGUAGGAAUGAGAUCCUAAUGUGCGAGAAUGAGAUAAUAAAGGCGUGGGAACUAGAUCGUUAAGGCAUGGAAACAAGAUCCUAAUGCGCGGGAAUGAGAUAAUUAAGGUGUGGGAAUGAGAUCAUUAAGGCGUGGCCAAGGUGUUGGAACAAGUUAGUUAAAUCUAGCUGGAGAAUAAUAAACACUCUCUGCAAUUUUACAGCCUGAGAGAUCAGUGUCAUAUUAUAAAAUUUAAUUAAUAUCCUUAAUAUUUUUGUGUAUUUUACAGCUGUAGCUUUGCUUAUUUUUUUUACCAUGUAACAAUAUGUACUGGGUGUGAUGACUAUUAUACUACUAAUAAUAAUUGAUGAUGACUAUGAUGAUAUUCCACAUACCUCCUACCGUGAGUGCCUUUUUUUUUUCAGCAUGCCAGCGGAGUUUACAUUGGAGCACAUUGAGCAGCUAUGCAUGUUGGGAAUUUAUGCUGGUGGUAAUUACACACUCAGCCGAACAGCGGCGGCCGCUCAUCUUGACACGUUUCCAACAGCUAAUCCAUCUCUGACCUCCUGCAUUGUUAUUGCGCCGAGACGCCCCGGAGCAACGGCUGGAGCACAAGCCACGUAAACUCCACCCGACUGCACUCCCGACACCACCCAGCACCCAGCGGCUCAGCACUGCGCCGCUCUCUACAGUAUUAUGGAGAUGAGGCCGUUCAGCUAAUUAGCGCGGUUAAUUUCCUGCUGUUUGGGUGGUGAGUGCAGUGUGGCCUGCACUUUAAAGCAGAUAAUUAAUUAGCGAUUGUGAUGGUGAACUCGGAGACGGCAGCACUGCUUCUUCUUUCAGCAGAUUUCCCACCAGUCCCAGUAGCUUGCAAAAGUAUUCAUACCUUUUGAACUUUUUUUUCAGUCCAGCAGUGAAACUGACGUGUUUAAAAACUCCAGCAGCACUGCUGUAGCAGCACAACACAAACUUAUACGCCACAACUCAAUGAGAGAAAUUACUCAGUUUAUUCUUAAUAUUAAUGUUUAGAAUCAAUACAGGGUGUACUAUUACUCUACGGAUCCUGCAGAUCAGUGCAGUUAUGGUGGUUAUCUGGCGGCACCCCAUUCACAGCUCCAGUCUGCUCUCCAGCCUGUCUCCAUCUCUCUUAAACUCAGCGCUAACAGCUAACAGGCCGAUUAGCGUGCAUGGUAUUGGCAGUAAUGUGGUUGGUAUAGACGCAGCGCGGUGCCGUGAGCGGGUUAGGGGUGGGGCGAGGCUCCUGACCCACUGAUGGGAUCUGUGUGAGUGGCGGCUCUGCAGCUGAAACUGCAUUAUACUGCACUCACACACGGCUGCUUAUGAAUCUGCCCUGCAGGAUUGAUUCAUGCCAGCGUCCGCCGGCCGGGUGGGCAGUGAGGGGUAAUGCAUGGCAUGGUGGGGGGUCAGGGGCUGUACUUGGCUUGUUUUUUUUUUGUUUUUUUUUAUACUCUGUAUGUUUCUCUUUUUUUGUUUUUCUUAUAUAUGGUAGUGAGCUUUAUAUUAAUAUAGAUUAAGGUUAAGAAAAUUAAAAAAGAAAUAACGCAGAAUUAUUUUACUACCCAGAAUUAUAACUUUAGUAUAUACAGUGAACACAGUUCAUCAUUAGGAUUCACUCUAGUUAAACUGAAUCACCUCAGCAUAUGUAUUCAGGUAUGAACUUUUAAAUAUUAUUGUUAUGCAAUUACACUGUAUUGUUAUUGGAAAUGUAAUUUAUAUAUAAUUCAGGUUUGUGUGUGUGUGUGUUUUGUGGUAUUUCUCAGUAAACUAAGAAA